UUCUCAGGGACCAAGCUGACUGAGAGCCUUCGGCUUUUCCUUAGGGCCUCUCUCUGUCUCUCUUUGCUCCCUUUCUUGAAUUUUUUUUCUGGGGAGGGGGGUAGAAGAGAGGGUUUUGACUGAACUGAACAUUGUUCACUGGCACAAGACAUGGGGACUCUUGUUACCAAGUUGCUUCUCCCCACAAUCAGCAGCCUUGCCUUCCUCCCCACCAUCAGUAUUGCUGCCAAGAGGAGGUUCCACAUGGAAGCCAUGGUCUACCUCUUCACCAUGUUCUUCAUAGCGAUAUACCAUGCAUGCAAUGGGCCGGGCUUAUCGGUACUAUGUUUCAUGCGCUACGACAUACUGGAGUAUUUCAGCAUCUAUGGAACAGCACUGAGCAUGUGGGUGUCAUUAAUGGCACUGGCUGAAUUUGAUGAACCAAAAAGGUCAACUUUUGUGAUGUUUGGUGUGUUGACCAUUGCUGUGAGGAUCUACCAAGAUCGAUGGGGGUAUGGGGUAUACUCAGGGCCUAUUGGUACAGCUGUUCUCAUCAUUGCAGCAAAGUGGCUGCAAAAGAUGAAAGAGAAGAAGGGUCUGUAUCCGGACAAGAGUGUAUACACCCAACAGAUAGGCCCUGGUUUCUGUUUUGGAGCCUUAGCCCUGAUGCUGCGUUUCUUUUUUGAGGAGUGGGACUACACCUAUGUUCACAGCUUCUACCACUGUUCACUAGCAAUGUCCUUUGUCUUGUUGCUGCCCAAGGUGAAUAAGAAAGCUGGAAAUGCUGGGACUCCUGCCAAAUUGAACUGUUCUACACUUUGCUGUGCUUGCAUCUGACCUUCUGACUGUACUCUUCCCCACACACACACUCUCUCCCCAGACCAUUAUUUGACCAUGUUUCCCUAUUGAGAUAUAAAUUAAGUUCCAUGGCUCUCUCUCUCUUUUAUUCUCUCAGGAAAAGUUAAGCUAACAAGUACUUAAAAUGUCAAUGUAAUUCAAACACUAUGUUAGGCACCAUGGAGAAAAACUGUUAAUUUUCCUCUUUUCUUCCAAGGUUUUCCUCUUUAAAAAUCAAAGUAGCCUAGAAUUGACUUUCCAGAGCCAAUUGAAGCCCUCCAUAUCUGUGAAAGACUGCUUCCAAAUUAUCCAAGGCAAACACGAACCUACCAGCUAUCCUUGGUUACAGUCUUGCCCUUCUCAAGGUCAACUGCAAUCCCUCCUUUUUGGACAUCUCUUUUUCCAUACAUCCUGGUGAAAUAUCUAUCUCUGCACCCAUAUUGUCUGAAUGAGCCCUUUGGGAGGAGAGGGGGACAGUCAAAUAGGGAGUGCCAUUGUUCCAAUACAAAGAUGCUCAAUUGCAGCAGCCACCUCCUGACCCCAAAUCGCACCCUUGGCCCCUGUCCCUUCUCCAGCUGAGUUCCAUGAGCUCUGAGUUCUUUGCUU